AUUGUUGGUUGGUGAAAUGUUGUGUUGUAUGGGUACAUACUGAUAACCGAACAAGAAAGAAUAGCCGUAAUAUUUUCAACUUGAAGGUCUUUAAACGAUCGAAAUGAUGAUGGAAAGACUGCUGAAAAUUUUAAACUAUUUUUAUCUAAUUGCAGCUGCGACUAACAAACGGGUGUUGACACGAGAAUUAGCUGAUGUGCAAAAUGAAGUUUUAUCCAGAAAUGAUACAGUGAGCUCCAUCAUAAUCGACUUUUCAGAUAGUGAUACAACGAACCAACGUUCUCAAGGGUAUAACAGCACAUCUUUAAGGAAACUGAACAGUAAAAGGUCGAUUCUCAACGAUGCAGUCAGUCGUAAUAUCACAUUGGUUCUGGAGAACUUGCUAAAGAAUUACGAAAGCUCUCAACUACCCACUCACGGCAAGGAUCAUCCUACAGUUGUUAAAACAAAUAUUUUAAUAAGAAGUAUGGGACCGGUAUCGGAAUUGGACAUGGAAUAUUCCAUGGAUUGCUACUUCAGACAGUAUUGGAGAGAUGAACGUUUAUCUUUUAUGGGACCCAUAAAAUCAUUGUCGCUGUCAAUAAAAAUGUUGGAAAGAAUAUGGAGACCCGAUACAUACUUUUAUAAUGGAAAAAAUUCCUAUGUUCAUACUAUUACGGUACCAAACAAACUACUUAGGAUCAGUCAACAUGGAGACAUUCUUUAUUCGAUGAGAUUAACAAUUAAAGCCAAAUGCCCAAUGGAAUUACGAAAUUUCCCAAUGGAUAGACAAUCCUGCCCGUUGAUUUUAGGGAGUUAUGCAUAUACAGCACAGCAGUUGGUAUACCAAUGGCAAGGUGAAAACAGCGUUGAUUUUGUGCCCGGAAUGACACUUUCACAAUUUGAUCUGAUGAGCUUUCCAUCCAGAAAUUUUACUUUUACUCGGCGAGAAGGUGAAUUUUCAGUACUCCAGGUGUCUUUUAAUCUCCAAAGACAUGCAGGUUACUUUCUAAUUCAAGUGUACGUACCUUGUAUUUUGAUAGUUGUUCUAUCUUGGGUUUCGUUUUGGAUUCAUCGAGAAGCCACAAGCGACCGCGUUGGCUUGGGGAUCACUACAGUGCUAACAUUGUCCACAAUUAGCUUGGAUUCCAGAAACGAUCUACCAAAGGUUCGUUACGCUACCGCAUUAGACUGGUUUCUGUUAAUGAGCUUCUUUUACUGCGUCGCGACGCUAUUAGAAUUCGCAGGAGUGCAUUAUUUUACUAAAGUGGGCAGCGGGGAAAUCCCCAUCGAUGAAGAUGAAUGGGAAGAUUGCGAGACCGAAGAGACAAUAGGUGUAAAUGCCGUCGACACCGUUGUAGAAAACUCCAUUGGUGUAGGAUACAGAAUUGGAAGACGAAGAAGUUCAAUGAUUUGUCCUAUUUAUAACGAUGCAACUCUUAAUAAUUAUAAUAACCGAAGAACUUCCUUCACAUCACACUCCCGGUCUCUUCCACCGGUCAAACUGACGAUGGAAAAAACGACCCAAACCGAAUUUCGUCUUCCAAAAUGGAGACAAUUCCUUUAUUGCCUUAUGGGGAACGACGAUUUCAGAAGGCAACGACAACGAGAAGCAGCAGCAUUGGGUUUUAAAGACCACAGGUAUCGUCAUGUUAACAGCGUUUCGUAUAUUGAUAGAGCAGCAAGGGUUCUUUUCCCAACCUCUUUUGGACUUCUAAAUCUUUGUUAUUGGUUUGUAUACGUUCAAUUUCAAGAAAAUUUCGAAUGGAAGGAUCCUCCAGCAAGUUAUUACAGUCAUUAAUAUCAAAAAUAAGAGUACAAUAUAUAAAGGGUACCAAAUACUAAUUAACAGAUAAGACCAUGAGGCAAGGUUACGAUAUUAAUACAGAUUGUUAAUGAAAUGUAAAGAAGCGAAAAUU